GCCCGCUGCCGGCGCUGCUCGCCCGCUCGCUGGCACUCGGUCGCGCCGCGGGGCAGGCAUGGGAGCCGCGCACGUCCUCCCGGUGCCCACACCUGUCUGAGCGGCGCAGCGAGCGGCGGCCCGGGCGGGCUGCUCGGCGCGGUGGAAUCUGAGUGGAAUCCAAGAGAAAGAGUCAAGCAAAAAGACCCCAGAGAAUGGUGCUCAGCAUGGCGGGCAUGCCCGGGCUCCUGCUCCUCCUCCUUCUCCUCCUGCUCUGUUCUGUCGGGCAGGUGAGAUCCUAUGGUGCCCUGUGGAAACCCAUUUGGCCUGCUUACCGACUUCCCAUCAUCUUGCCCCAGUCCACCCUCAACCUAGCCAAGCCAGACUUUGGGGCUGAAGCCAAACUGGAAGUGACCUCUUCCUGUGGACCCCAGUGUCAUAAGGGAACCCCACUGCCCACUUAUGAAGAAGUCAAGCAAUACCUGUCUUACGAAACGCUCUAUGCCAAUGGCAGCCGCACAGAGACGCAAGUGGGCAUUUAUAUCCUCAGUGGUGGUGGACGUGGGGCCCAACACCAGGACUCAGAGUCAUCGGGAAGGUCUCGGAGGAAACGGCAGAUUUAUGGCUAUGACAGCAGGUUCAGCAUUUUUGGGAAGGACUUCCUGCUCAACUACCCUUUCUCAACAUCUGUAAAGUUAUCUACAGGAUGCACUGGCACCCUGGUGGCAGAGAAACACGUACUCACGGCUGCCCACUGUAUACAUGAUGGAAAAACCUAUGUGAAAGGAACUCAGAAACUUCGAGUGGGCUUUUUGAAGCCCAAAUUUAAAGACGGUCGAGGGGCCAAUGACUCGAGCUUGGCCAUGCCCGAGAAGAUGAAAUUUCAGUGGAUCCGGGUGAAACGCACCCAUGUGCCCAAGGGUUGGAUCAAGGGCAAUGCGAAUGACAUUGGCAUGGAUUACGACUAUGCCCUGCUGGAACUCAAAAAACCUCACAAGAGAAAGUUCAUGAAGAUUGGGGUGAGCCCUCCUGCCAAACAGCUGCCAGGGGGCAGAAUCCACUUCUCUGGUUAUGACAAUGACCGACCAGGCAAUUUGGUGUACCGCUUCUGUGAUGUCAAAGACGAGACCUACGACCUGCUCUACCAGCAAUGUGAUGCCCAACCCGGGGCCAGCGGGUCAGGGGUCUACGUGAGGAUGUGGAAGAGACAGCAGCAGAAGUGGGAGCGAAAAAUUAUUGGCAUCUUUUCAGGGCACCAGUGGGUGGACAUGAAUGGUUCUCCACAGGAUUUCAAUGUGGCUGUUAGAAUCACCCCUCUCAAAUAUGCCCAGAUUUGCUAUUGGAUUAAAGGAAACUACCUGGAUUGCAGGGAAGGGUGACACAGUGUCCCUUCCUGGCAGCACUUAAUGCUCUUUCUGUACUUAUUUUAGGAGAGGUCAAAAUUUGUCAUGGGUGUGCAUGUGGGUGUAUGUGUGUGUGCAUGUGUGUAAUGUGUCUAAUGAUACCUUUUACCUAAUUUCUUAAAAUUGCAAGAUGACUGGCUUUAUUAUUUGAAAACUGGUUUGUAUAUCCUAUCAUAUCAUUUAAGCAGUUUGAAGACAUACUUUUUCAUAGAAAUAAACAAGAUAUAUUGAUGUUUGGGGAAUUUGGGGGGAUUAAGUUAAUCUUUCACCUUUUUUGAGAACUUUGAUUUUUAUUUCAUCUGAACUUGUUUCAAAGGUUUAUAUUAAAUAUGUGGCAUAUAGGACAUAUGAAUUCUUAUGUGUGUGUAUUUUCUUCUGAAAUUCACGUUGGGUCCCCCCCCCCCCCCAUGCUUGAUCAUUAAUAUUUCCAGGCGGUAGUGUUCCAACCACAUAGAAUUCUUAGGAACUUUCACAGUACUUCUUAGACAGGCAGUUAUAAUGUUUUGGAUUUGGAGGCAUUUUUACAGUAGUCCUUAAACAGUAAAAUAAUCUUUUCACUCUACUGAUACAUAUAUUAAACUAUAUCUUAUCGUAAACCAGUAUCCCAAGCUGCUUUUAAUUUUGAAAAGAGUUUCUCUUUUUGAAAAUAGUUUCCAAAGACUGUUGCUCUACUUGUGGGAACUCUUUGCGUAUAGCUCUGCCAACUUUGCAGUCACACCAGAGUAGUCAAGAUUGUUUAUCCCAAUCCUUCAAUUUGACAAGAUUUCACUCAUAUUUUCAGAACUAGCUGUUUUUCAGAAGACAAUAAUGAGGUGUAAUUAGAAAAGACUGUAUUGCUUUCGAGCUAACAGUGUGGUCACACUAAAGACAAUCAUAGCAUUUUACCCCUGGAGUGUAGCACGUCUCAUGUUUUAUCAUUUUGGAUGGAGUAAUUUAAAAUGAAUUAAAUUCCAGAGAACAAUGGAUGCAUUACUUGGCAGAUGUCACAACAGAAUAACCACUUGUUUGGAGCCUGGCGCAGUCAUAGAGCCUAAUCAAAAAUUUUUCUGCAUAGUUUUCAUUGUGCUUUCAGGGAGCUGUGUACUUGUUCAAUUUGCAAACUUUUCUCUCACUUUUCUUAUUUUAUAGUAAAAAUACUUGGAAGUUGCUUUAAAAAAAAGUUUGGCCUUUUUUUUAACUAGCUUUACAAGGGCACCUUUUUGCUGGAAUGCUCUAAGCUACAGGCCUGAAUAAUCAGGUAUGGUAGUAAAAAUGAUAAUUGGGAGAAUGCAAAAUGGAUCAGUAUCAUGCACUGCAGUAAAUCACUUUCUGAAUGUUUUAUCAGUGUGAUAAUCACAGCAUAUAAAGUAAUGACUUGAGUUAUUCUGUGUUUUCAUUUUAUGGUUCUCAGCCUAAGCACGUCUUUCUAAAUGUGUCAGUAGAGAAAAAAAGCAAAUGGCCUACAAGGUGGAUGUUUGCUAUGCUUAAUACCCCAGGUAAUUUCAACCUGCAUUGUGGCUGUUUGUGAGAACAUUCAAACACAGCUUAUACAUUCUCCAAGUGGCUUUUUGCUUGUGUUUUUUGAGCUUUUCAGUAGGAAGAUACUGAUAAGACACUCAAGAAAUUUACAACCACAGUGUUCUUCACAUGAGAAAUACUAUGCAUAGCAAGGAGGCGCAGGGCCACAGGGCCUCCAGGAAUCUUCUGAGUUCCAGUGCAAUUUGCUUUGACACCUAACAGGAAUCUAGUGUGAGGGAGAAGAGAGGUCCCCAUUUCUAUAGUUGCUAUUAGGGCUUUUUGUUUUGGCUUUUGCUUGGUGCCAAAAGAAGUCCACUGAACACACCUAGACCAGAACUGAAUUUUUAAAAAUAGAUGCUCCUUUUAUGAAGCACCUUGAUUUCUAUUUUAUUUUUUACAAAGUUAGACAAUGGCAUAAAGACAGAAUAAUAUCAAUGUUUAGUUCACAAGUAGAUGCAAUUUACUGAAGACCAGUAUCCAUAUGCUAUAUAUAGCAUAAUUCAUAGAACUGUAAAACAUUACAAAAUAAUUCAACAUGCCCAUCUUUCCAGUAGUAAUAAAAGAAAGCAAGAUAUUAAACUAUCAUGGUAGCUGAAAGAAAAAAAGGAUUCAUGAUAUUACUAAUAUAAUUAGUGUUUUAUCUGUUUUAGUUAUAUACAUUAUAAGCAUAUAUUCCUGGUAAGUCUAGUAGAACAUUUCCCAAGGUAUGUUCCUUAAACAUUCAUCCCUCCAGAUUUUCCUUAAACAUUCAUCCCGCCAGAUUUUCUACCAAAAAUAGAAAGGGUUCUGUCAUCAAGGAGGAAGGAGAUGCCUCUCAAUACUCCCUGUCUUUAUCAGGGGUUCACAGGUAGGCUUGUUUGCAUAUUAAAAGCUCUGAGAGGUCUUGUAGGAAAGAGACAUGUUAACGUUUUAAAAUCUGUAUUUCAAUAAACAUCUUUGAUCACAGAA